AUGAAGAAAUUUGGAUUCGGCAAGAAAAAUGACAUUUCAAAGAAUGCCUCACCAGCCCCUGCGGCCUCAAAUCCUUAUGCUCAACAACCGGCAGCACCUGGACCGUACGAUCAAAUGAACCAGAACCCAAAAACGAUGGCAAAUAAUGCACCAACUCAGCAAGCUGGGGAUUCUAUGAGACCUGGUGUCGCCCAAAGGGGCGUUUCUGCUGGGUCAGCAGGACCAAGAGGGCCAGCACCGAAUGGAUACGGCGCAAAUAGAUAUGAUUUGGCUAGCAACGGUAACGGAGGUGGAUACGGGGGAAUGGGAAGGAGAAAUAGCAAUGAAACUACCAAUACUGAAGAAAACCGAGAAGCUUUAUUCGGUGGCGCGAAGGAUCGAUUUGCCCAAAGAGGUCCACCAUCAUCUGGAGCCGGGAGACCUAAUGGAGGUUAUGGCGGUGGCUAUGGUGAUGAAAGACAAUUGACUGCAGAAGAAGAAGAAGAGGAAGAUGUCGCAGCCACGAAGCAAGAAAUUCGACAGAUGAAGCGAGAUGACGUAUCUUCGACUCAGCGGGCCCUAGCUAUCGCAGCCCAGGCAGAGGAAACUGGAAGGGCUACAUUGGCGCGUCUAGGCGCCCAAGGCGAACGACUUCAUAAUACGGAAAAGAACCUGGAUCUAACCUCCAAUCACAAUCGUAGAGCUGAGGAAAAGGCGAAAGAGUUAAAAACAUUGAAUCGAAGUAUGUUUGCCGUGCACGUUGCUAAUCCUUUUACUUCUUCGUCGCGCCGGGCAGCUCGUGAUGACCAAGUUCAAACGAAACAUCAACAAGAGCGCGAAGAACGUGAUGCUACUCGCCAAGCAGCGUUUCUUUCGCGUCAGCGCUUAGAAGAUAACAUGUCAGAACUCCGCGUCGGGGAAAGACCCCCGCCAACAAAAGCCAGCCUAGCUGAAAGAUCAAAGUAUCAGUUUGAAGCUGAUUCAGAGGAUGAAGACAUGGAAAACCAGAUUGACAGUAACCUAGACGCCUUGGGUAACGCCGCCGGUCGGCUGAAUGCUCUUGCUCGCGCAACAGGCCAAGAAGUCGAAGAACAGAACAAGCAUAUUGAGCGUAUCAUGAUCAAGAGCGACCGGGUUGAUGAUCAGAUUGCUCUGAAUAGAGCGCGAUUAGAUCGGAUCAAGUAA